AUUGACGCAGCGUUACGACAUGAACUCCAUGUCAACAUUUAAGGACGGCAAGCUGGUAAUGUGAAAAAUCAAUUUCUCUGAUAAAAAAGAAUAGCAUCAGCAACUUCAGAGUGAGAAUCUGUAUGUGGAGGUAUUUAAGUCAGUGAAAAAAGAAAAGGCGUACAGCAGCGAUUUGAUCCUACUCUAUUGGGACAGUGCACCGGAAGGUGCAGGUAGUAGGCAUGGCGUCAGAAGAGCCUGUAAACGAGACCGAGUCCAUGGGUAGUUGGUGGGAAUCUAUCGUUGAGACUUUGGAAACGUUAUUGUACAGCUUAAUUUGGAAAUCACAUGCAAAACAGGAGGAAGUAAUUCCCCCGCCUCCAGCCUUUGUGUUCGAUGACGAGGUACUUUCUUGGGCAUGGCAUCUGGCGCCGCUAACCGUGAUGAUGGUGUUGUUCAUCGCGGCCUCCAUUGUGUCGUACGUGUAUAUGCGCUACAGACGUAAACAAAAACCGCAAGACGUACCUCUGAUACCGGAACGCCCCAAACAAGCUGGGUCUAAGAAGGUGCCGCCCACAGUUCCACAGCCGCCGAUUAUAGUAGAGACCGAGCCCGCCACCACAGAACAGUCAGAUGCUGAUGUCGACCAACCAUCAACAUCCAGACUUGAGCCCCCAAGGAGAUGGGACUCACUUAGCCAUCAAGUGGAAGCUACUGUCGAGCGACCAAAGGUGCCCUGUGAGAGUCACAAGAGGCCGGAUGAGAGAAAAAAUGAGCCCGUGGAGAGACCUAAGGAGCCCGCGGAGAGACUGGAUGACACAGUGGAGAGACCGAAUGAGACAGUAGAGAGACCGAAUGAGACAGUAGAGAGACCGAAUGAGACAGUGGAGAGACCCGAGCCUGCGGAGAGACCCAAUGAACCUGUGGAGAGACCCAAACCGCACAUCGAGAGUCAUAAAGUGCCAGCCGAAAAUCACAAAAAGACCCAUGAGAGUCCCAAGAAACUCGUGGUGAUUACCAAGGUGCCAAAUGAGACCCCCAAGGAGCCUGCUUUAAAUCUAAAUGAACCCAUGGGGAGUCCUAAGAAUCCCACGAAUACCAAGGAGCCCCAUGACAGUCCUAAGAAGCAGGUUCAAAGUCUUAAAGAGCCCGUUGAUACUUACAAGAAGUCAAAGGAGAUUACCAGAGAACAAACGGAGAGUCCGAAGAUGACCGUGGAAAUCAACAAGGAGCCCGUAGAGAGUACAAAGAAGCCCCUGGAGAUUGUCAAAACAAACGAUGUGGUUGAAAGGGCAUCAGCCAAGCACCAGGAGACCUACCUGAGCACGGAGACGGUAUCCCUGUCGUGUGUGACGACUAGCCGCGGCACCUCCUCGCACCGUGUGAAACAGAUCAAAGCCAAACGCAUCAAGCAGAGGGGAUACACCUCAGCGUCGCCCAAAGAAAAAGCGAGAUCUAAAAGUGACAGCAAGGCCGCAUGCCUUGGCAGACUAGUGGUACCCAAACCCAACAAGCUGAAAGCACGACGGAGCGUUAGCUCUGGCAGGAAGAAACCCGCCCGCGUGUCCAGUCCUAUCCACGACAUGCCUACAGUACAGUACCACCACAUCAAUGAAGAGACCUUCUCAAAAUCUUACAGCCCGCGAGUUUUUGCUGGUUUUAAAACACACAAGACCUUCAGCCCUCAAACCAAAAUGUCUCAGUCGACCAAACAGUGUUCUGUUAGCCCGUCAAAAAAGGAAUCGAUGAAGCUGAAACAGGUGAAAGUAACUCACGGUAAAAAUGUUGUUGAGAAACAUACGCUGUCAAGUCCCAUAAAGCAUAAAAAUUUCAUCCCGGAUUUCAGUUAUUUGCAGAACAAUAGACCGAACAGGUUUAAUGCGAUAUCUCAAGACAAAAACGGGAGGAUUAAGGUCAAGACGAACUGGUCCGCUUUCUACAGCACUACCGAGACGGCGCAUCCCAAAGUUUUGAAAAAAGUGGAUAAUACUUCACCGAAAAAAGCCAUCUUCACUAUGUGUAAAACGGAGACCACAGUUCAAAAGCCGAAGAAGAAAAAGAAGGCGAAAGGGAAUCAGCUGCCAUGCGAUAUCUCAACGAAUAAAUGCACUCCGCAUUAUGCCGUGUCUCAGGAUUACAUAGCUGUUCAGUCGUACCCUGCCAGACAAAACAGAGGAAUCUUAAAAAUCGUUGAGCCUAUCAAACCCACGGCGUCGAUCGUCAAUUCCGAGGAGUACAGCCGGGAGAGUUGCAAUAUCCGAAAGACUGCAACGCCGGUUCUAAGUUCUUUAAGAGGACAAGGAGCGUUUCGCUCGUACAGAAAUACGAACCAGUUCAGCCGUGUCGCGGACUCACGGGCGAGUCAAUGUUAUGUCGAGGAAGAAUUUGUGUCUGACGAAGAGAGCAAGGAUUCCAUCGGCAGGGAGUUUGAAAGCUAUAUCCGGUGUAGUGGUACACGGACGUCAGAUUCCAAAAAUGACCUGGUUAAGAGCGAUUCCCAAAUGACGUCUAACUUGGAGAGCCUGCAGUGUAUGUAUCCCCCAAGCUUGUCUCGUAGUCAAGCCAACGACGCCAACGAAAACAUAGGCCGGCACAAUACGAAGUUUCUAGGUGAGCGAGGGACGAGCAGUAAUGACCAAAGUAGUUUUACCGGGAAGGCUAUGGGGUUCGGGUUAGACGACAGCGAUGAGAAGAAAAGGCAAGUGUUGAACCUUUACUCUUUUCCGAAACUUUUUCGACGCGGGAGCUCUGAGCUUAAUAACACAAACUACAUAAGAUUUCAAUUAAAUGAAGUAAAAUCUGACAACGCUGUGGAAACAAAUCAUGAUAAGUGUCCAUUGAAUUGUAAAACUAGUAGACCCAUUGUCAAUGCUCAUCCACAGACAGAUGUUAACAGGGAAUCUUCACAUAAGAAAAGUAAAAAUGUUUUCGAUUUUACCAACAAAUCUCAAAUGACACAACAGCCGAUAACGAGUGACACAGUUAUAGAAAUGAACAGAAAUAAUUUAGACAUCGCGAAGUCAAGUCAAGGCAAAGUCCAGUACGAUUCGUCUUCAAAAAAGUGCAAUGGUCAAUUCUUGGCUUCACCAAAGAAACGAAACGAAAACUCAUUCGCGUUUAACGAAAAAUCUUGGACGCAACCUUUCAUCAAUGUAAACGAAUCUAAGAAAACACCGAAGUCGGGUCAGUUUGAAAACAAAGGCAUCAAUUUCUUCAAGGCCAAUAACAGUACACGCUGGCUUGAGACUAUUGGACUUAAGCUACCAACUGCUGCUCAGGCAGAUGGAGCUGACAGUACCAGCAUUCCACAACUUGAGAUACAGAAGAUAAAGAAUCCAGCCAAAGAGAUGCGGGAUAACAUUAAUAGGGAGAAAACUUCCGUCACCCCUAUUCACAAAACAAAAAAAGAAGAGCCUCUGCCGCUCUGUCGUAAAUGUAAGAACGAAGACCAAUCGUUUACCAGUCAGUAUAUCGAUAGCUCCAAGUUCCAUCACGACAGCGGAGCUAAUGUUGAGAAAGCUGUAGGUAGCAGGAGGCCUCUUCCUAGAGAUUCACAGCAAGUUAAAAAUGACACUUUGGUUAGACCUACUUGUCCAACAGCUGGUGUUUUUCGCGUGCCGUCUUCAGAGCGCCAUGAACCAGAUCGUCCUUGCGAGGUACAACAGCCUAAGGAAAAAAAAAUUUGCCAGAGAAAAGAUCAGCCUGAGACUACAAGAUUCGUUCUGAAUCAUCCCGUCCAAAACGAACAUAAAUUUGUUUUCAAAUUCGGACAGAAUAAAACAAAGACGACCUUGCUCGACCAAGAACAGAAUAAACAGAAAGUUGAUGACGCCGAGUCUGAUCAGAAUGUGAUGAAACAGAAACGAGUGAAUAUGAUGGUACCAGAGCAGCAUAAACGAAGGUUAACUGAAUCCGGGUCUGAUAAGAAUGUGAUGAAGCAGAAUCAAGUGAAUAUGAUGGUACCAGAGCAGCAUAAACGAAGGUUAACUGAUUCCGGGUCUGAUAAGAAUUUGAUGAAGCAGAAUCAAGUGAAUAUGAUGGUACCAGAGCAGCAUAAACGAAGGUUAACUGAAUCCGGGUCUGAUCAGAAUGUGAUGAAGCAGAAUCAAGUGAAUAUGAUGGUACCAGAGCAGCAUAAACGAAGGUUAACUGAUUCCGGGUCUGAUAAGAAUUUGAUGAAGCAGAAUCAAGUGAAUAUGAUGGUACCAGAGCAGCAUAAACGAAGGUUAACUGAAUCCGGGUCUGAUCAGAAUGUGAUGAAGCAGAAUCGCGUCAACACGAUUGUACCACAACGCAACAAAGAUAGGUUAAAUGAAGCCGUGUCUGAACAGAAUGGUAUAAAACAGAACAAAGUUACCUUGAUGGUACCCGACCAGAGCAGGCAAAGGGUUAACAUUGUUCAGCCCGAGCUAAACAGAUCGAACUUAAACGUUUUUGGAUCUGUGCAUUUUCAACACAUGUCUAAAACCGAGCCUCCUACACCCAAACAUUUAAAUGAACCAAACCACUCUGAAGAUAGAGCCAGACAUCAGCAACCCGAGCCACACCAACACCACAUGCAACCCAAGACAACAGCCUACUUCAGUGACGAGUCUAUGAGUGAAGUAGAGACCUUAGAAGAUGGCGUCAGCAGGACUGAGACGUUUGAUAAUGGCCAUGACGAUUACUUUCACAGUCAUCACGCAGCAAGAACAACCAAUGAUCGCGUUGACAAGGACCUCUCCGACCGAUACCACAUGCAUCAGCCCGCUACAAAUAUACGAGAGGUGCACGGGUUUAAGAGAACAGAACCUCAAAUUGUACACAGACAAUCAGAUGCCAGAACCGCUAGCAACUCUAGGAAUGACGGGUCAUGUAACAGAAACCAGCAUCUACCGGCGAUCUAUGAGUACGGUAGUUUUAGUCGCGACGAGAUGCCGGAGAGAACAAUACGGUAUAUCAGAGAAGAUUCUGUCAUCACCAACUCCAAUAGUGUGUCACAGGAUUCCCCGAGUGAGCAGAAAUACGAACUGGAAUCUGCCGAGAACACGCACGUGCGACAUUGUCUGCCAACGUAUGAUUCAGGCGGCCAAAAUAUUGAUAAACCUCAGAAACGACACCAGCCUAUCCCUAAACACACAAAUUCUAAAUUUUUCAAAAGUAAAGAACAUUCGCAGCAGGAAAAUGUAUCGAAACAGUGGCAGAAACAAGCAAACGACGGGACGAAGAAAUCGAUCAGUCUGAUAUCAGUAGGGCACAUGGUGUCUGAACUCACGUCAAGAAUUAGCAAUAAACGCGUCGAGGUUCGCUCUCCUAAUGAGGAACAUUACGAGAAGCCUAGCCACAAACACUGUCAAGUCUUGCGGGUCAAGCCAAAACCAGAAGCCCCUGUUCAGCCCACUGUAACGCAUAAAGAGACACCGCAGAUUGUUCUGAAAAUCUCUCACGAAGACUCAGUGGAAAGUAGAAUGAUUCAGAGUUGGGCGGAUACGGAAAAGAAAGAUGAAUACAUCAAGUACAGACGUGUUAAAAAAAUCCGCCAGCACCGUCAUGAGCCCUACAGUAAAGUGACAAGAACGAGUAGCGAGAGCACCACGACGCCCAGCGGUUUAGGCACCUACCCUAUCCAGAACAAAAACAACUGCAGCCCAUCCCGUAAAGGGCGAUACGUUGUUGGCCCCAAAGUGGAUACGCAGUUGUUCGACAGCAGUGACCUCUCACGCACGUUAGAGAGUAUCAGCAACGCCAUCACGGAAACUAGACCGUUGUUGAGUAGUGGGGAUGUACCACACCAGGUCAAAGUACACAGUCACGGUUUCUUCGCUAACAAAGACGCAAGUAAAUCAAGCAACGAAAGUAAAGACUUGCCGUAUGGUUUUAGCUAUGAUCGCGUUGAAACCCGGGAAAAGAAACAAACGUACACACAGGAGCAGCGUCGUACCUUUGACCGCCAGCCAUAUGAAAUGGAGAAAAAAGACGCACACUUGCAACAUAAAUAUGAAGUGCCUUUUUCAUUUUUUAAUGAUAGCAAAAGUUCGUCAAAAGCCGUAACUAGUAGGCCUACUUUGAUAGACAAUAAUCGUCAGGAAUCGCAAGGCUUAAAACCAAAUCAAUUUAAGUUAUCGUACAAUUAUCCUCUAAGUCAACUGAACACAAAUGAUCAAGAUAAUGGGACAGAUAGCUAUUCCAGUGUUAUGCUCUUGAAAAGUGAAACUGCUUGCAAUGAUGUCUCCUCUUGUCCAAAAAGUAGCGGAAUGAAAUCUUCCAAAAUGUUUACCUGGUCGCCUCCCUUGACACAAAGUCACAUGACCCAAACGGAAGUGUCUGAAAUAUGCACGAAUGUGGGCGUUCAGACAAGCCCCCCUCCUACAGGGGUGGACGUCCAGACAAGCCCCCACCUCGGAGGAUACUUCAUGAAGGGUAAACCUAUCUACCGCCGCAAGAACUUAAAUGCGGUGUCUAGACUUCAGCGAGAUCGCAGUCGGAAUUCAAAAAGCUUACGUUCUUCACGCUACAGGCAGCCAAGCACCAACUCUCCAUUCAACACGACCGUAGAUGCUCUAACAAAGCUAGUGGCGAAAUGGUUACAGGACAAUUUUUGUGUCGUCAAUAAACAGACAACAGCGAGCAAUAGCGUCGACACCAACGCCAUGAAAAGCUACGCGAAAGACAACGAUACUUCGAACAUAAUGACGUCAGAUUGGACCACGGAAUCCCAGCCCGUCGUAAACGUGUUAACGAAACCAAAGCCCGACGCUGUACUGAAAGAUAGAGCAGCUCAGCCGUUAGUUCAACCCGCAGCUGAAGACAUCAAACAGGUGAAAAUACCUGAGCUCAAAGAGAAGACUGAUCAUUCGCGUGUGGGGGCAGCACAAGGUAAACCACGAUUCACCUUCAACAGCGUGUCUCUAUCAGGAAUAGACAAUAAGUCAAAAGGCCAGCAUCGUGAAGAUACUAAAAAAAUAGAAAUUUCGACUAAAGGUAGAGACGAGCAGAGACAGGAAGUGGUGCCAAGAGAACCUGUUCCCUCAACUUCACAACAAACAGAAGAGUCCCAGAGUCCCCGUCAUACAGGGUUGGAUACUACACAAUCAUCAGUGCUUCAUUUGUCCGAAUCUACCAAGUUUGACGAAGAAAGUGGCCCGUCUACAAAGGUAUCCGAGCUCAAUCAACUCUGCGUGACGCGGCCGUACUGGAAGAACGCCAACAUUGAUGAAAUAGAUAGGCGAGUCAAACGCGCUCUGCGUAUAAGGGAAGAGCUACAGAUGUCACGCUCUAGAGCCUGUACGACCGCCAUGUGGUCUGCGUCAGAGUCGAAUAGCGUCGUGGAGCGGCCAGUACCGGUCGUGGAGCGGCCAGUGCCGGUUGUAGAGCGGCUAGCACCGGUUGUGGAGCGGCCAACACCGGUUGUAGAGAAAGUCGUACCGCUCACAGGAUUCCGUUUCACUGCGUUUGAUCAGGGCAACAAACAGAAUACAAAGACAGAAAUCCCCACUGGGGGUUGUAGGCCUAAGGAAGUUGCCAAACACACGAAUGAGACGAAGUUGAAUCUGCCAAAACCUGUUAUAAAUAAAACACCCUACGAGGAAGACAAGGAACGUGCGGGGAAUUCAUCGAAUAACAUUAAGGCUAGAACCAACUUCAGUACUGUUGUAAGAAAAAACGACAGCGUCAAGAAACGGGAAGAGUUUUCGAGAUUAGAACGGAGUGCUUCGGUCAUUGAAGAUCCAGUCAGUGAGAUCGAGAACAUUCCAGGGAGGCCUUCCAGUGUGCAUACUUCAAGCGUGAGUAACAGUGCCCAAAACGCCCUCAAGCGUGGAAGAAUGAAAGAAAAGAACUCCCCGCCGACUAAGAUAUCAAAAGUAGAAAACGCCCCACUCAGCAGUACGCCUAAACUUGUCGGCGAGUUGGUCCAUAGCCUGCCGAAGGUUCCUUUGUUUUCUUUUGUUGAAUGGUUCAUCGAAACUUCCGACCCGAACAAUUUUGUCAUCUCUGACCGAUCGACUAGUUCCUCAGGGAAAGAAAACGGAGAGCUGAGCUAUAUCGAGAACACGGGGUCGCCGACAGAUGAACUCAGCUACUACGUCCAGCCUCGGUGUAAAGACGGCGCGCAGCAAAAAGGUGAGCAGGUACACCCCGAUACCCCGUCCACCGCCACCUGUCCUGUGUCGUGUCGGACUGUCGGAGAUUCAACCCCCGUCGGUUCUAGAACCCCCACAGUCGUGAGCAAUCAGGUCCUCAACGAGCACAGGUACGACGUGAAGCAUCAGCCGCCCCACCAUCAGAAUGAGAAGAAGCUGAACGACGUCAACCAAAAAACCCAACCGGCGAGCACUUUUACCAAAAACCUCCCCCCUGUUGGUCACCUGGAUGAAACGCCUGUCCUUAAGAGACGAGCCGCGGUAGUCAAGCCACAACCACCCAGCUACCAAACCACAGGCAGUUCGCAAAACACCUCGGAAAAUAAAUUCAACUUGUUUCUACGUUCAGAGUUUGAUCCUCCAACCCCUGAUCCCAAUACGUCCAACGACCAGUUCUCUGCCGUAGCGACGCCGAGAGAUAAUCCUAAGCAUGAAGGCUUUAAGACAGCUCCAGGUUUCCGGACCCCUCAAACUAACGAUUCCCCCAGCUCAGCCGGCACUAAAACCGGCGAGUUCUGUGGUGUCUACUACAACGACGACGACAAGGACAACACGUUUUCGAACCUGGUCCACCGAGGGCUGCCCUGGGCGCUAGACAGCACCGCGGAUAGCGCGACUGAUGAGACGUACAGCUGCAGCAGUCAGCAAAAGAUAGGGGUCAAGGACACUAGGAAUCACGAGGCAGCCGCGGAGACGUUUGGGCCUGGGGUACGUCACAUCCUGAUGAAACUUCGGGAAACGGGGUUGGGCGACGACCUGGGUUCCACUCAGCACGAUCACAUGAGGAUCACGUUACGUAAAUCCUCUGACGUCACCGGCAUCAUUGCCAAAUUUCAAAAAGACGAAUCAUGAAUGGUGUUUGAACAAUGUUCGUCAAUCUUUGUUUAGAUAUACAAUGACUUUGUAUUGUUUAGAUAUGCAAUGACUUUGUAUUGUUUAGAUAUACAAUGACUUUGUAUUGCUUAGAUAUACAAUGACUUUGUAUUGCUUAGAUAUACAAUGAAUUUGUAUUGCUUAGAUAUGCAAUGACUUUGUAUUGUUUAGAUAUACAAUGACUUUGUAUUGGGACUCCCUGACUAAUGUUUUGAGCUACUAAUGACUUAAGUGACUUCGCUAAUUUUGACCGACGAAUCACAUUGAUUACAUACGCUUGCUUAUAUUUACACAACUGCCUCAUUAUAUUUGAUAUUUUUAUAAACAUGUGUUUUUUAGGAAAUAUUUAACAAGGACAUUUUAAGUUUUAUUUUACAGAUUAUCUUUAUUUUUAAUGUUGUAUAGAUCUAUUGCUCAUAUUUAUUCAUAACAAUAAAGUUAUAAAUUGA